UAGUCGUAUAUCCACCUACGUGUUAUGUAGGGGCGUUUUCUAGAAGCUCGGUAUAUUAAAUUGCUACAAGCUCAGCCUUUUGUCCUGCAUGCUCAAUCGAUUGUGAAGCUCCAUUCCCUCAAUUGGUGACAUGGGGGGAGCGACGACAUGUUCUCCAUCUCCAGCACUCCAGCGAAACAAUCUGUUGGCGACACGAUCACCGUUCUCAGCGGGCGACUCGGUUCUGCGACCCUUCUCGAAGAUCGGCGGGCUGCGGUUCUAGGCCUGCGAAGCUUCGCAAAAGACUAUCCAGCGACUGUAGCGUCCGGGGCGCUCAGGGGCUUAAUUGGCAGCCUCACCAAAGAUGCCGACGAUGUCGAUACGAUCAAGGUGGUGCUGGAGACCCUGUUGAUGCUGUUCAAUCCAAACAAGGAGAGCCCUGAAGCAUCAGACGAAAUCGCAUUAUGGCUGGCAGAUGAGUUUACCCAGCGUCAAGAAAACAUCACGCUGGUCCUGGACUUUUUAGAUUCUACCGAUUUCUAUUCACGUCUGUAUUGUUUGCAACUUCUCAGCUCAAUCCUCACCGCACGUACUCAACGAACCGAAGAAUGUGUUCUUUCUGCGCCAUUAGGGAUCAGCCGCCUCGUGGCUGCUCUUGACGAUCAACGGGAGGCGAUUCGCAACGAAGGUAUCAAUCUAUUGAUACUGCUGACGUCGAGUUCCAUUGAGAUACAAAAGCUUGUUGCAUUCCAGAGUGCCUUUGAGAAGAUAUUUGUUAUCAUCGCUGGCGACGGUUCUCUCUCUGAGGGCGGGAGGACUGUGGAGGACUGCUUGAUUCUCUUAGCCAACCUGUUGAGGGGCAAUGCGGCCAAUCAGUCUCUCUUCAGGGAGUCCGACUGCAUGGGAAAACUCACGGAGAUGCUCAAGGGGCUACUCGAGGCUCAGAAUCAGGAAGAUAAUCUUGCCAAAUGGGCGCAAAUCCAGGUUAAUCGGAACAUAUACGCAUUUCUCUCCAUCAUCCGCCUGUUUCUAUCUACAAACUCCGCAGAGACACAUCAGAAUCAAGCCACAUUCUGGAGGCAUGGCCUUAGCUAUCUUGUCCUUCAGCUUGCGUUCGACCCUGAUGUUCAAACGCAAAUCAAAGCCGAGGCUUUGGUUACUUGCGGAGACUUGAUCCGUAACAAUAUGACCCUCCAGGAAGGCUUCGCUUCACUCACAGUCUCUCCACCACUGGAAUCCAUGGUCGGCAACCCAAACGUAUCCAAUGGCCAUCCUCCCAAAAUCUAUAUCAUUGACGGCCUGCUUGACUUGACAUUAAAUGUGCACGAUAUUGCUGCAUUUGAUUUGCGAUUUGCCGCCUGCCAAUGUCUAACAGCCUAUUUCUCUAACCACGCUGAAGUAAAAUCGCAUUUCCUUGGCAGAGCCAUAGAAGGGUAUCAGUCUGGACGAGACGAAUCUGCUAACAUCUUGAGUGUUCUGCUGAAGCUACCUGGUGACGUGUUUUUGAACGAUUCAUACCGCGUGUGGUUUGCGUCUGUUAUCGCAUUCCACCUUGUGUACGACAACCCUACUGCUAAAGCAGUGGCCAAAGGCUUGACCGAAGGCGACGCCUCUAAAGGCGAGGAGGUUGUGACCAGCAUACAAACAAUCACAGCACACUUGCUGACAAGGAUACGUCGAGAUGAUGACACCCGAAUAUUGGUGGGGUAUCUAAUGCUGCUUCUAGGCUGGCUGUUUGAGGAUCUUGAUGCCGUUAACGAUUUCCUGACUGAAGGCAGCAAUGUCCAAGGCCUUAUUCAGGUAAUCUCACAGCCAGUUCGCGUGGCAGGGGAGCUUGUACAAGGUUUGUGCGCCAUGCUCCUAGGGUUCAUCUACGAGUUUUCUACAAAGGAUUCACCUAUUCCGCGAGCAACAUUACAUUCGAUUUUGGAAUCGCGGCUAGAUAGGGAUGGCUUUCUAGACCGUCUGGUAAAACUACGAAACCACCCACUGCUCCGGGAUUUCGAAGUCACACCACAAACACUAAUUGCUUUACCCACUGGGGAAGAGGAAGUCAAUGUGUUCUUUGAUAGCAUUUUUGUUGAAUUUUUCAAAGAUAACUAUAGUCGGGCAGUUCGUGCUAUUGAUAAAGCACCCGACGUGGAAGUAUCGGUUAUCAGGAAUGGCAUGGAACAGGGCAUAUCAAGACAGCUCGUAGAUUCUCUGCGUCAUCAAAUAGAGGAGAGAGAUGGCGCGAUUGUUGAGGCUAACGAAGCCAAGCAAGCAUUGCAGAGAGCCCUUCAUGAGGCGCAAGAGGCCCAUCGCCGUGCCAAGGAAGAUGCCGAGGCUACAAGUACAAAUACGGCAACGGAACUGAGCAAGCUUCAAAGCCAACAGGCUGCUAAAGUUGCGGAAUAUGAACAAAAAAUCGUGCAAUUGCAGCAGCAGCUUAAUUCUAAAGACGAGAAUCAUCAAUUACAGCUCGAUGCUAAAGAGACGCGUCUGAAAAAAGAGUUGGAAGCCAAAGACGCACGCCUGAAAAGGGAGUUGGAUGCUAAAGAAAAAGAGCUGGGUGCUAAAGAAGCUCAUUUCCAAAAGCAACUGGAUGCUAAGGAGCGACAGCUUCAAACUCAACUAAGUGCCAAAGACCAGCACCUACAAACGCAAUUGAGUCAGGUUCAAAAAGCACACGAGGUAGAGGCAGAACGAGCAAGGCAGAAGGCUGAAGCGGAAAUCGCAGAUUUGCGGGCGACUGCUAGCAGACUUGAAGUCGACUUGAUGAAGGUGAGUGCCACGAGACAUGAUUCAGUAAAUAACCUUUACGGAUUUGUUAAUUGGGAUUUUACAAAGGCCAAUAAGUCCAAGACCGUUGAAUUACAGGCCCUUCGUACAGAGCAUGCAGACGAACUAGCAGAGCAUGAGUCUCAGCUAAAGAAGGCCAACGAGAAGAACGAAGAGCUAGGGAAACAGCUGAAGACUGCCAACGAGCAAAACGAGAGGCUGGAAAAACAGCUGAAGACUGCCAACGAGAAAAAUGACGAGCUGGAAAAACAUCUGGAAGAUGCAUCGUCAGAAGCUGAGAAGCUGCGGCAGGAAGUUUCGGAGACAACGUCAGCCUUGAAGGAUGCAGACAAGGCCAAGGAUGCAGUCCAGUCCGAACUCGACGAUCUCCUUAUGGUAUUUGGCGAUCUAGAGGAGAAGUUGGCGAAGUACAAGAGUCGUUUACGAGAUCUUGGCCAGGAUGUGUCCGAUGGAGAGGACGACGAUGGAGACGAUGGUAGCGCCGACGAGGAGGAGAGCGAAGAAGACGAAAAAUAGCAACGUCGUCGACCAAUUUAGAGCAAUGAAGUAAAUUUUGUUGGAGGUUCUGCAGCUAUGUAGGCACUAUCUACGAAUUCGUUUGGUGCUGUAAUUAAUUGCAGAGCUUGGUGUAAGGUGUUGGUUAACAUUAAUGUGAGGAGGUAGGUAGUAUUAGGCACAGAGAUCGUAGCGGGGGAACUCAUGUGCAAGCAAGUUAGUGUUAAUCCUUUAUAAGGCACUAUUGAACUGUAAUAAUUGGAGUGGG